AUCCAUAUUAAAGGCUGUAUAGCCUUUGAUCUUCAUCAGUAAGUGCUUUAAGUCCUCUUCACUUUCAACAAGCAUGGCUGUAUCAUCUGCUUGUCAUUUUAAUGAGUCUUCCUCAAUCUUGAUGCCCUUUUCUUCAUAUAGUCUGGUUCUCUUAUUAUUUGCUCAGCAUACAGAUUGAAUAAGUUUGGUGAAAGGAUACAACCUUAAGGCACACCUUUCCUGAUUUUAAAUCAUGCAGUAUCCUGUUGUUCUGUUCGAACAACUGCCACUUGGUCUGAGCACGGUUAAAUGUUCUGGAAUUCUCAUUCUUCACAGUGUUUUCCAUAAUUUGUUAUGACCCACAGAGUCAAAAGCCUUUGCAUAGUCGAUAAAACACAGGUGGAAAUCUUUCUGGUGUUCUUUGCUUUCAGCCAAGAUCCAUCUGACAUCAUUUCUGGCAGUUCCCUAUCAGUGUUCUGCUGCAACCAUUUUUGAAUGAUCUUCAACAAAAUUUUACUUGUAUGAUAUUAACGAUAUUGUUCUAUAAUUUCUACGUUCUGUUGGAUCACCUUUCUUUGGAAUGGGCACAAAUAUGGAUCUCUUCCAGUCGGUUGGCUAGGUAGCUCUCUUCCAAAUUUCUUGGCAUGGGCGAGUGACCGCUUCCAGUAUUGCAUCCAUUUGUUGAAAUAUCUCAGUUGGUAUUCAGUCAGCUCCUAGAGCCUUGUUUUUCACCAGUGCCUUCAGUGCAGUUUGGACUUUUUCCUUCAAUACCAUUUGUUCUUGAUCGUAUGCUGCCUCAGUGAAAUGGUUGAAUGUCCAACAAUUCUUUUUGUACAGUGAUUGUACAAAAGCAUCUGCUUUUGAUGCUUCCUGCGUUGUUCAAUAUUUUGCCCUUAGAAUCCUUCAGUAUUGCUACUUGUUGCCCGAUUAGGGUCCGUGCCCUGGAGCAGUCGAGCCAAUGAAAUGUACUCCAAGUCAGAAAGAGUGAGAAAGCUUAUUCAGGAGAUGUAUACAUCACUGGGGACCCAACAGCAACACAGGCUGUCUCAAUGGAGUCCCAAAGAGCAAUUUUACAUCAGAGUGUAUAUAGAAUUUUACAGGGGUGAGAAGUGUCUUUGUAGCCUGCAGAUGGCAUGGCUGGAGGAGUUAUUCAUUACAAGAUAGUAACAAAAGACUCUUUAUCAGACUAAAAAGAUACAUAAAGUUAUCUCUUUAUCAGGCUGAAAAUAUACAUAUCAGACACUUGUGUUCUGAUUUUCCUGUGGGGGGGGGUCGUAAGUCAGAGGUGGUUGGACAGAGCAAAACAGUUAUUUGCAGCGGAUUAAAACAAAGAACAGUCAUUAACAAAGGUAUGUGAAGGAGGAGCUAGGCAGAGAAAGGAGAAAAACUCACAGGUUCAUCAGGCAUUAGUUAUGUCAAGCUCUCUGUGGCCGAUUUUGAAAAGGAGAAAACAUGCUGGGGAGUAUUAGGAUCACAUGCUUGAGGCUUGAAUUUUUUCUUCAGUUCCUUCAGCUUGAGAAAUACUGAGCGUGUUCUUCCCUUUUGUUUUUCUAACUGCAGGUCUUCACACAUUUCAUUAGAAUACUUCCUCUUCUUGAGCUGUCCUUUGAAAUCUUCUCUUCAGCUCUUUUACUUCAUCACAUCUUCCAUUCGCUUUAGCUAUUCUAUAUUGAAGAGCAAGUUUCAGAGCCUCUUCUGACAUCCAUUUUCUUUCUUUUUAAUGACCUUUUGCUUUCUUCAUGUAUGAUGUCCUUGUCAUUCCGUGACUUGUCUGGUUUUCGGUCAUUAGAGUUCAUUGGGUCAAAUCUAUUCUUGAGAUGGUCUCUAAAUUCAGGUGGGAUAUACUCCGAGUCAUACUUUGGCUCUUGUGGACUUGUUUUGAUUUUCUUCAGCUGCAACUUGAGAUUGCAUAGGAGCAAUUGAUGGUCUGUUCCGCAGUUGGCCCCUGGCCUUGUUCUGAUUGAUGAUAUUGAGCUUCUCCACCAUUUCUUUCCACAGAUGUAGUCAGUUUGAUUCCUGUGUAUUCCAUCUGGUGAGGUCCAUGUGUAUAGUUACUGUUUAUGUUGUUAAAAAUAUUUCCAGCGAAUAGGUCAUCGGUCUUGCAAAUUCUAUCAUGCGAUCUCCAGCAUCGAUUCUGUUUUAUAUAAAUGGAAUCACAGAAUGUGGCCAUUUGUGUCUGGUUUCUUUCACUGAGCAUAAUAUUUUCAAGGUUCCUCCAUGUUGUAGUGUAUAUCAUUCUUUUUUAUGGCUGAAUAAUAUCCCUUUGUAGGUAUAUACCACAUUAUAUUUAUCCAUUCAUCUGUUGAUAGACAUUUGAGUUUUUUCUACUUUUUGAGUGUUAUGAAUAGUGCUGCUGCAGGUUUUUAUGUGGGCAUGUUUUCAGUUCUCUUUGGCCAAAUUCCCUAGAAGUGUAAAUGAAUAAUUUCCUUUAUAAGGAUCAGCACAAAGCUGGUUCCUGUGAGGCGGAGGUUAAAGAUGUCCCAAACGUCUUAACUUUUCUAAGCUGCUGUACCACUCCAUCAUCUCUAACAUCAACUACUCCCUCUUGCUUCAGUACUGUCCCUCCUGUCUUUGGGUUCCCCAAUUCACUGCAAUGUCUCACAGAACUCACGAACCAUAUAAAGGAAAUGGCUCACGUGGUUGUGGAGACUGUCAAGUCCCAAAUUCGUGGGUGUAGACUUCUUCCUGGCCCUCAGUCUCUGCCCAGAGGCACUCAGCUUUCUCACUCCAUGGGUCAGGAAGCCCUCUGCACGGUCUCCUGCAGGUCUCUGCUGUGGAUCUUUCCUUCUUUGGUGGAGGUGGGCUCUCCUCUGUGUUCUGGAAUUGGCUUUUAAGGCAAAACUGACCAAUCCCCUCAGUGGGCCACAAUUAUUUGCACAGCCCCACUCAGUCACCUGGAUGGAAGUCAGAAGACCAUGGUUAGAAAGGCCACACACAAAAAUAAUUCAUUGCACCACAAAGUGGAAUUGCUGGACCAUUUGGUAACUGCGUUUAACUUUUUAAGGAACUGUCAAACUUUUCCAAGGCUGCUGCACCAUUUCGUUCGUUAUCCCUUCAACAGUGGAUGAGGGUUGCAGUUUUUCCACAGCCUCACCAACACUUGUUAUUUUAGUCUUUUUGAUUAUAGCCAUCCUAGUAGGUGUUAAGUGCUGUCUUGUGGUUUUCAUUUGCAUCUCCCUAGUGACUAGUGGAAACCCUGGUGGCGUAGUGGUUAAGAACUAGGCUGCUAAUCAAAAUGUCGGCAGUUCGAAUCUACCAGGUACUCCUUGGAAACUCUAUGGGGCAGUUCUACUCUGUCCUGUAGGGUCGCUAUGAAUCAGAAUUGAUUCGAUGGCAACAGGUUUGGUUUUUGUUUUUUUUAGUGACUAGUAGGAGCCCUGGUGGCACAACAGUUAAGAACUCGCUGCUUACCAAAAGGUCAGCAGUUUGAAUCUACCAGCCGUGCCUUGGAAACACCAUGGGGCAAUUCUACUCUGCCCUGUAGGGUUGCUAUGAGUUGGAAUCGGCUCAACAGGAAUGUUUUGGAAACCCUGGUGGUGUAGAAUUAUGGCUGCUAACCAAAAGGUCCACAGUUCAAAUGCACUGGCGCUCCUUGGAAACCUUAUGGGGCAGUUCUGCUCUGUCCUGUAGGGUCGCUGAGUCAGAAUCGACUCGAUGGCACUGGGUUUGUUUUGGUUUGGUAUUGUCUAUUUGUAUAUUUUUGGAGAUGUAUCCAAAUCAUUUGCCCAUGUUUUAGUUGUGUUGUCUUUAUUGUUGAGUUUUAAGAGUUCUUUAUAUAUUCUGGAUAGUAGACCCUUAUCAGAUACAUAAAUUGCAAAUAUUUUCAGUUUCUUGACAGUACCCUUUGAAGCAUGAACAUUUUUUAAAUUUCAUGAUGUCCAACUUGUUUUUUUCUUUGGUUGCUUGUGUUUUUGUUGUCAUAUUUAAGAAACCAUUGCAAAAUAUGAGGCUAUGAAGAUUUACAGCUAUGAUUUUUUUUUUGAAACAAUGACAACAUUUGUUGUAUUCAUGAAACUGCGUUUUGGGCAGGGCACAGAGGGACUAGUUUGUAUCUGCUCUAUGCAGGGUCAUCAGGGGUGGUUCAAAGCCUAGGAGCUGGAAUCAUCUGAAGGCUUACUGACAUGGUCUGACAUUUGAUGCUGGCUGUUGGCUUGGGGGAAAUGCUGUUGGUAUAGUGGUUAAGUGCUAUGGCUGCUAACCAACGGGUUAGUAGUUCACAUCCGCCAGACGCUCCUUGGAAACUCUAUGGGACAGUUCUACUCUGUGCUAUAGGGUAUCUCUGAGUCAGAAUCGACUCAAUGGCAAUAGGGUUAUGGGUUGGCUUGGGGUCUCAUUUCCUUUCCACAUGGACCUCUCCAUGUGCUCUCUCUGUGUGUUAUUUUGGGCUUCAGGUAAAGAGACAUAUAGGGUGAAGUCUGGGACUGGGAUGGUUCCCGGUAGGCGCUUCAUGUACCAAAAAGGACGCACUAUCCGUCCAUGUGCACGAUGUCUUUCACCAACUAGGAAACACCACGCCUAUGAUUUUUUUCUUUUUAAGAGUUUUAUAGUUUUAGCUCUUAGAUUUAGGUUCAAGAUUGGAUUUGACUUCAAUAUUAGUCUUGGCUUCACCCUAAAACCAUUUUGGACUGGUGGGCAUCAAUGCCACUCCGUAAUUUUGGCUUUCUGAAAUUUGAUUGAAGGUUUUUUUGUUUGUUUUUUAUUUAGUUUAUUUGAAUCAACCCACUUGAAACUCAGAACCAGAAUGAUAACUAAAUUUCCCGAUAUAGUAGCACUUGAUGAGUAGCUGAGCACAAUGUAGAACUGAAGGAAGGAGUUAUUUAAAUGUUUUGUGAUAAGGAAGGUAGCUUGGGCAAACUUGGGUGGGAAGGUACAGAGGAGUAGUCACUUGUAACCUUGAAUUAGCUGAGAUGGAAUACAAACUCCUGGGGGGAGAAUAUUCUGUUUUGUUAAUAACAAAGAGAAUGUAUAUAACCAUUGGUUGGUCUUAAGACUUGAGAUGAAACAAAAUAGCUGGAAAAAAGCCACUUUGCAAUCUUUUCAUAUUCUCUUGAAGUACUGUAUAUACCAAAACUUUGUCAACUCUGCCUAUCCCACUUAAGAGAGGGAUGGAGAAAAUCAACAAAUGGGCUUACUCUUAGCUCUGCCUUAAAAGGGAGGCAAGGUAUGUAGUGGUUAAAACCACAGUCAGACUUGGGUCUUAAUCUCGGUUAAAUUACUUACUACCUGUGUGAUUUUGGGCAAAUUACUUAAUCUUCCUAAGUAUUGGUUUCCUCAUUUGUAAAAUAGGGAUUAUGAGAGUGUCUCUACCUCACUGGGUUGUUGGGAGAGUUAAAUGAGAGAUCAAAUGCAAAGUACUUAGCAUACUGUGUGCCAUAAUAAACACUUAGUGAUGGCUUUUAUUAUUAAUUAUUUUGGGUUAAUGACUAUUUGUAAUAUUUGGUUAACUAAAUUUGACAGAAAUAAGACUCUGCCUUAUUCCUUUUCUCAUCUCAGUUUCCUUCUUGUUUCUCAGUCCGGUUAACGUUUUAGCCCCAAGUUGAAGUACAGCCUUUGAAAAACUGAAACUGGUGUACAUGUCGUCAUGCUUCAGGAAUCCAAAGUUUAUUAUAACAAUAUCAGCCAACAGUUCUGUUACAAAAAUGUGCUUGUCCCACAGUGGUAUGAUAUAUGGACACGGAUACAGAUCUGGAUAAAUAGUUCCAAAUUGAUACGAGUCACCCAGGUGGAGAAUGAGGAGAAGCUGAAGGAGCUGGAGCAGUUUAGCAUCUGGAACUUUUUUUCCUCCUUUUUGAAAGAGAAACUGAAUGACACCUAUGUUAAUGUGGGUCUAUACAGCACAAAAACCUGCCUCAAAGUUGAGAUUAUGGAGAACGAUACCAACUACAGUGUUGUUGUGACUCGGAGAUUUGACCCCAAACUCUUCCUUGUUUUCCUCCUGGGACUUAUGCUAUUUUUUUGUGGAGACUUGCUGAGCAGAAGUCAGAUUUUCUACUAUUCUACUGGCAUGAGUGUGGGAAUUAUGGCCUCUCUACUAAUCAUCAUUUUUAUACUGUUCAAGUUUAUGCCCAAGAAAAGUCCCAUUUACGUCAUCCUGGUGGGAGGCUGGUCCUUUUCUCUGUACCUCAUUCAACUAGUGUUUAGAAAUUUACAAGAGAUCUGGAGGUGUUACUGGCAGUAUCUUUUAAGCUACACCUUCACAGUUGGAUUCAUGAGUUUUGCAGUGUGUUACAAGUAUGGGCCCUUGGAAAACGAACGAAGUAUCAACCUGCUGACCUGGGCCUUGCAGCUGAUGGGCCUAUGUCUCAUGUAUUCUGGCAUCCAGAUACCGCACAUUGCCUUUGCCAUUAUCAUCGCUGCACUGUGCACCAAGAACCUGGAGUAUCCUAUUCAGUGGCUGUACAUCACCUACAGAAAGAUGUGUAAGGCAACAGAAAAGCCUGUCCCCCCUCGCCUUCUGACAGAAGAAGAGUAUCGGAUACAAGGAGAGGUGGAGACCCAAAAGGCUUUACAGGAACUACGAAGCUAUUGUAGGAGCCCAGACUGCUCUGCUUGGAAGACUGUUUCUCGAAUCCAAUCUCCAAAAAGAUUUGCUGACUUUGUGGAAGGCUCCUACCACCUUACACCAAAUGAAGUUUCUGUCCAUGAGCAGGAGUAUGGAUUAGGGAGCAUCCUUACCCAGAAUGAACUCUAUGAGGACACAUCCUCUGAGGAGGAGAACUCAGAUCCUUGCCACCCCUCUAUCACACAGAACAGCUUCCUGUCUUAGGUGGUGCUCAGUUAUUUUUACAUGGACUGACUUGGUAUCUGAGUGGUCCAUGUUGCGUGUGUUGUGCAAUUGCUUUUUAGCUCUUUAACAUAGGGCGAGAGUGCAGAAAUUCUCCCACUGAAAUUAGAGGCUUGCAUAGGUCUCCCUCUGGGACUGGUCUAGGUGGUGUCUGUGGGAUCCCUGGGGAAGGAGGAUGGGUAGAGGAAUGAAUGCUGCCAACAAUUUGUUUCCCUUUGGUUGAGCUAUCAGUUCACCAUUAUGUUCUCAAAGAAACUGAUGCCUAGAAUGCCAUGCCUAGCUAGCAUGGCAUUCUGGUGCCUCUUUGAAAGUUGAUUCAGUUUUGGCAUUUCUGCCUGUAUUUUCCCAAUAGGGUAAUUUAAACAUUUGUGGCAUCUUUGACUGUGGCUGGCCCUCAGGAGUAAGAGUAGUUACAAGUGCGGUAAUGCUUUCAGACCAUAGGCUGCGUCUUCCGUAGAGAAAUCCACAAAUCUGAGCCUUUUUCACUUCUUUUAUUUCGGUGACUUUAGGAUAAUCCUUGAUUUAACACUUUUUAGAGGAAGAUUAAUUUUUUUCUGUCUUGUUUUUUAAGCAAGUGUAUUUUUAAAAAUAUCGCAAGCUCGUGUUCCAGAACUAGCUAGCACUCUACAGUAACAAAGCCCACCAACCCGUAAAACCUAUUGCCAUUUAGUCAAUUCCGACUCACAGCGACCGUAUACUAUAGGACAUGGAACUGCCCAUAGGGUUUCCAAGGAGUGGCUGGUGGUUUCGACUGCUGACCUUUUGGUUAGCAGCUGAGCUCUUAACCACUGUGCCACCAGGACUCCAAUAAAACCCACAGGCCCCUACAUAUUUAUUAACAAUGGAUUUUCCAUUAAAGCCCCAGGAGCUGUUGUGGUUGGUUGAGCUUUGAAUUAGUUCUCAAACAUACACUAUUCUGGCUUUCUGCUUGCCUUUAGGGGGGAUUGUGUCUAUAGGUUCUUCCCUAUGCAAGGUAGGGUCUGUUGGGCUUUUUAUUAUAUCCAACUUUUAAUUCCAUCUUAAAAAUGCAUUUGCACUGCUCCCUUACCCUGCCUCUUCAGCUGCCUUGCUUCCUGCUUCCCUUUGUGAAGUGUCUGUCAGGUGAGGACCUGUGAAGUGUGUACAGUUAAGUGUUUGUUUCAUUUCUUAUGCCCAUUCUCUCUUGGUUUAUGGCAUUAUGCAUGCCAGCUGGGAGACGUGAUCUUAUUUUGGGGAUUUAAAUACUUUUUACAGGUUCUUCACUUUUCCUGUCAGUGGGUUGUUUAUCUUUUGGUUAGUAUGGAAUCAAGAAACAAUCUCCUUUUCCUUUCCCUUCCUUUGUCUACUCAUUCUACCCAUUCCUUUCAGCCUUUCCCCAACACUCGUACUCCCUCCCCAACCCACCCCCCCCGCCCCAAAAAAAUCUGGCUAAUUUGUAAGUCCUGCAACUAUCUGGAAAGUUUCUUGAUACACAAGCUGUAGCUUUGUGGCUGCCACAGUUUGCAUUGCCAGGAAGGAAAAAGACCUUCAGGUAGUCUUCAUGCCUCUGGAUGCUCAUUCAGUCAUCAGGACCCAGGAUUGGACACAUUUUCCAUGAUCUUAUUAUCCUUAUUUGCAGUUUUAUUUCUACCCAGUGAUUCAUGCUACCUUUCAUUACAGUAACAUUAAUUUCAGGUUCCUUUGCCAUUGGAGAGUAGUACCCUUAUAAACCAGCAGUGUCUUUUAUGAGGGGGCAAAUUCCCAAGUAUCGGUUAUUUGCUUUGUUGUCUCUGUGGUCUUCAUCCUUGUACCUUGGGAAAAGCUGUAAUUACUUUAGGCAAUAAGAUAGACACUCAAGAAAAGAGCACAUCAUCAGACUUACUGGUUUACCAUGAUCAUGGGGAAGGCAGUUUUUUUUUAAAAAAAAAGCUGUAAUGACUCCUUUAGACCAGCCGUUUUGCAGAUUAUUUUGAAAGGUCCUGGGUUCCAUUGCUGAUUUCCAAAAUGUCAACUCUGAGACUCCUCUCCAGGCAGCCAGUUGACGAUUUCCACCAGUGUUUCCCACAGCUUUAAACUAUCCUGAAGUGACAACUACCUCAGUUGGCAGCAGAUAGACACACAGUAGAAAGUGAAAAAUAAGCAGUAUUUGGGCAGAUGCUAUGGGGUAAAGUUAUAGGGUAAAAGGAGCUUUAUAUUGGGAAACCUUGGUGCCUUUAUAAAUUGUGUACAUUGUAAAAUUUAUCCCUCUAUGAAGUACUCUUAGAUCUCUGAGAUAUAGUAUUUUUGCCUUAUUUAUAGAAAUUUAGACCUAGCAUGUUUGAGCAAAAGUUGUUUUGAAAAAAUAAUUCAGCUAUACAAGUGGUCUCAGGACUCCCUGGUGACUUUGGUGCCUUCCCAAAAUAGCCACUUAGGGUGGUAGCUUGCUUCCAGGGUGACUUUUCCUGCCUUAUAUCUUUAUUUUAGUGAUAAAAGAUUGUGGAAUAGGGAAGAUUCUCCUCUUUUUCUGUUCACUAAACUUGUGAAACACAGUUUCCGUCUCAAGACCAAAUUUUUCACUGUAUUUGAAUUUUGGGUGAGUCAAAGCAAACUCAGUUUAUUACUCCCUGUCUGGUGGUUGGAGACCUGAGCUGUGGGCAGUAGAGAUGACAAUUGGUCCCGCAGCAUGAGGGCCGCUCUCAGAAAGUGAAGGACAGUGUCACUUUGGUGUGCUGCGUGUCCUUGCCUUGCCUGCCCAUGUGGCUCUGCCCCAGGUGCUUCAGAGCUCUGUGUGCCCGGAGAUUGCCUGAGUCCAUCAACCCUCUUUAGGAGCUGCUCUUGUCUCCCUCUUGGCCACUUAGUCUGCUGGCUCAGUCACUACUUGAAGACCCCAUUUAAUUUUCUCUGGCAGUUAUAGCUCUUACAAUUUCAGCAUAGUCUCGUCCCCUCCCAGACCAAUUUCAUCAAGAAGGAUUGAAGGGAUAACUCUGGGGUGAGCUGGCUGUUGGAGCCACGUCGGCUGCCGUGUCAGCGUCUUGCUCAGCAAAUAUCAAGCUGUAAUUGGCCCUAGGGCUCAGGGUCUCAUCAGCAUUGGAAAUCUAUCCCCUGUAAUGGUCUGACCAAGUUGUAUAGAGCGUGACUCCCACUAAUGGGAAUAGAAGAGGCAAAUGGCCUAAAACAUUUCCCCUUCAGUUUCCUACUCAGAUUGCUUUCAUGAGACCAAAGGAACACAAUGAUCAAAAACAAAGAAAAUUUGUCAACUUUGAUAUAUUCUAAUAAAUUCGUGUCAGCUGUUGCAUCCCACCACAAUUUUAUUUCUUCUCCCAAAUUCAUGAUCUUUAUGUCUGUUAAGAAGGGGAUUUGCUGAUGAUAGCUCCUUCGUCCCAAUGUUCUGUUUUGUGCUAAUAUAUCCCAUUCUAGGACCCAGCCCUCUCUUCAUUGAUUGUGUUCCCCUUACCCCAGUCCCCAAUUGGCAUAUAUGAUAGACGUUUGAUGAAUGCGAGGACCCAGAUAGGCCAAAUAGUCCUCCCUGGCUCUGAUAUCCAUAAAAGCCUUGGGAAUGGAUUACGCAAUUGCCCUUAAUCUUGUUCCAGAAGAAAGAUGGGCUCAGAUGGAUGCCUGCAUAAAAAUGGUUCCUAGCUAUGUGCUCAUAGCUUUUCUCUGAGCUGAGUAGCAAAAGUUGAAGUAGGAGGAAAGGAAAUGAAAUGUCCUUCUCGUAUUCCUUUGGACUUAAGUCUGACAUAUGAGAUAAUAGCCUGUAUUGAAAUGCCAAGAAUGUUAUCUGAACCAAGGAGAGGAGAGUCUGACAGAUUUAUUGUACGCCCAUGUUCUAUAGGCUCUGAACCCAAGUAAUAAACAUGUAAAAUAGCCAUGUACUUCCAAACCUCUUGCUUCUGUUUCAGUGUAGCAGAAAUUGAUUCUAAUUUUUUGGAAACCUAUGCAAUUGUGGUGACCCAGUGGUGUCUUUGGUAACUUAGCUUAUGGAUUCAGGUUACUAUUGAACUGAUUUCUAGAUGGUUACUACCUUGCAAAGGGGUGUUUGGUGCCUUAGGUGAUGGGAGCCAGAGCCUGCUGGGAAUAAACAACGGAGGCUCACACCAGUGUCAACACACAGCUUUAGCAGGGGACAGGAAUGGUUACACAGCCUCCCAAAAUGUGGGGCUUUGGACUCUCACAGCCCCUGCCCAUGUGUUUUGUCUUCCUCUUCACACUCUGGAUAACUUGAAAAUGGUGAAAUCACCUUCUCUGAACUUCCCUACAGCAUGAGGAACAGUCUUAUGCCAUGUUAACUAAUAGCUCAAAAAAAAAAAAAAAAAAAAAAAAGCUCAAAAUGUGAAUAUUGGACCUGUUAGAGCCUGCAGUUGCCUCAGUUUUCCGUGAGUCUGGAAUUCAUGGUGAAAUAGCAGAGGUAAGGAAUUACUUGGUACGUUUUAGCCUAUGGUAAUGCCUUAGUGUUAUUAAAAUAAAAAAAAAAAAGAUUUUGGUCGUUGUCAUUUAUAUUUAAAAUAAGUAUUCAUGAAUAUUUGAAAGGAACAAAAUUAUCAGGGAUGGCUCUUUGCCAUGGGUCUCAUUUUCACCUACUUUUCUGUAAGAAAAAAAAAAGAUGAUGUCUUAUUAUAUAUUUUUUCAUUUUUAUUGUAUAGUUUGUAAGUAAUCCCAAUUUUAAUAAAAUUUUAUAGACCAUAUAGUGGUCUCUCUUGAUGACCAUGUACUUUUCUUGUUUGCAUCUCUUGUUCUCAGGUAAUCAGCAAUAGCUCCUCACUUUCAUCUUUCUAAUAAGAGGGUUUACAUGCCACCCAUUUUUCUUAACACUCCCUCUACCAUCACAGGUCUGUACUGGUCAACUUCCAUCGUUGGACUGGGUGAUUUCCCAGGAUGUCAGAUCUCUAAGGAGUGUUCUUCCGCGAGUUACAGUUGUACCCCCACGCUGUCUCAGAAAAACAUACAAAGUAUAGCUUAUUCCAGGGAGCUACUAUGAUUGUACUUCAGUUUGUUUAUUUUUGGUAUAAAGAAUCCGCAGGUGGCACAAAUGAUUAAACGCUCAACUACUAGCCAAAAGGUUGGCAGUUGCAACCCACCCAGAGGCUCCUCAGAAGCCAGGCCUAUCGAUCUGCUUCUGAAAGGUCAUCCUUGUUCUCUGUACACCAUCGAAUCGCCAUGAGUCAAAAUCGACUCCAUAUCAACUAACAACACCUUUUUUGUGUCUCCAUAGGCCUUGACCAAUUCUGGGUGAGGUCUGUGGAGCCAGUUGCGGAAUGCCUGCCAAGAGCUUUGUGUAGGGUGGAAGAGGAAGCAGGGCUGCAGUGAGCACUAGGGGCCAUGCAAUAAAAACGUCAAGUUAUGUCUAGGCCUAGCUUCUGCGGUAGGAGUCUGGCACCUUCCAUUUUCUUUUAUACAUUGAGUAUUUGCUUUGGGAAUCCUUGAUAGCAUUUGCAUUAUUUAUGUACCUGUUUUCCUCACUUAGACUACAUGGAAAUCCAUUGUCCAUUUUUUAGAGCCAAUGUCAGAGGAAGAAAACAGAAUGUAGGCCAUAUGUAAAUUUAUGUAGAUUAAUGUAUGCUAAUGACAUCUUUUCUCCUUUCUAUAGCUAUCACUAUCACUAGGUAUAUGAGAGACAUAGGUGAUCAUUAAUGGUUGAAUGAAUAAAAAAGCUACCUCAUAGAGUUCUAGUGAGAAUUUAAAAAGAUAAGGCAUGUAAAAAUCUCUAAACAAGCAUAGGGAUCACCUGGUGAUCUUGCUAAAAUGCAGAUUCUUACUUGGUAAAUCUGGGGUGGGGCCCAAGGCAUUUUUGGUAAGCUCCAAGGUGAUUUGGAUCUGCUGGUC